GUAAGUGAGUGUGCCCGGGUGUGAUGCGGGCCGGCAUGUUCAGCAUUGAGAGCAUCCUGUCGGGAGGACGAGGUGAGGGGAAGGAGUCAGUGAGCGCGGCAGCCCCGGGGCUGAGCGGCAGUAGCUCCCAUUGCCUGGCUCUGUACCCGCCGCCCGCGGCCCCGACACAUGCCAGGCUCGGCUACCCCUGCUACUACCUGCCCGGCACCAGCCUGGCACCAUGUGCCGCCCUGCCCGCCUGCCAGCGCCUGGCACAGACCUGCUCCUGCAUCCCGUCAGGCCUGGAGCGAGUGGGCUCUGCCUACCUAUCGCCGAUGCCUCCGCAGAUGUUGCCGUACGUCAGCCUGGGCGCCCUGUCCCGCUCCGAGCUCCAGCUGCUGAACCAGCUCCACUGCCGCAGGAAACGCCGGCACAGGACCAUCUUCACCGACGAACAGCUGGAGGCCCUCGAGAAACUCUUCCAGGAAACCAAGUAUCCAGAUGUGGGCACGAGGGAACAGCUGGCACGGAGGGUGCACCUGCGGGAGGAGAAGGUGGAGGUGUGGUUUAAGAACCGCAGAGCCAAGUGGAGGAGACAGAAGCGUUCGUCUUCGGAGGAAUCCGAUUCCCAAAAAUGGAGCAAAUCCUCCAAGGCUGAGCCGGCAGCCAGUGUCCCCACAGCGGAGAGGGAGCGCGGGGAGGGGGAGCGCUAUCCCGACAGCUGA